AGUCGAUUCCUCCUGAGCGGCGCCGCGGGCGAGCAUUGUUUGGGACGCGGCGCUUUCCACUCGCACACUCGCUCUUCUCAAACGAUGGAGUUUGAAGCUAAAAUUUACCCCCAGAUUGGAGGAUACGGACGCUACACCCGGCUGGUUGCGGUUUUCAGCUGGUUCCCGCACUUCGCCGUGGCUUUAAACCUUUUCUGUGAUGUUUUCCUGACGCUCGUGCCGGAGUCGUACCACUGCCGCGCGGACCCGGAGCUACUGCCCGCCGCCUUCCCCCUCAGCAACUUCUCCUCCCAGACCUACCUCAGCUUCACCGUGCCGUGGCUCAACGGCUCCGGACUCAGCCACUGCGAGCUCUACAAGUACCCGAGGAACUGGAACUGGACCGGGACCUGGCCAGAGAGGGAGCACAGGGAGCUGGUGCCGUGUACGAGGGGCUGGUGGUACGGCAAAGCCGCCGGGCUCCAGAGCAACUCCGUCACUGAGUGGAACUUGGUUUGCAAGGACUACUGGAAGAUUCCUCUGCAGCACGUCUGCUUCAUGACCGGCUGGAUCCUCGGCUACGUGCUGCUCGGCACUCUGUGUGACUGGUUAGGUCGGCGUUGGGCUCUGCUGAUCUCUGUGUCUUUCUCAGGCCUGCUCGGAGUCGCUGUGUGUUUCUCCAAGAGCUUUGCGGUGUUUCAGCUCCUCCGUCUGGGCCAAGGCACCGCGCUCGCUGGUGUCUUCCUCUCCUCCUAUAUCUCCCGUCUGGAGGUGUGUGAUCCCCCUCACAGACUCAUGAUGUCCAUGGUGAGUGGUUUCUUCUCCGUGUUUGCUGAGCUCAUGCUCCCGGGCCUGGCUGUGCUGUGCAGUGAGUGGCCUGUGCUGCAGGCCGUGGCUACAGUGCCUCUACUGCUGCUGCUGUCCUACUGGUGCUGGCCCUCUGUGUUUCCUGAGUCUCCCCGCUGGCUUCUGGCCACAUCUCAGAUUCCUCAGGCCAAGAGAUGCCUACAGCUGUUCACCAGCCAAAACGGAGUGUGUAGGAGAGAUGAGAUCUACCCAGCGGAGACUCUUCUGACCGAGCUAGAUGUGGCUUUCCCAGAAGACCCCCAGCCAAAGUACCACCACAUCUUUGAACUCCGUCACACCAGAGUUAUCUGGAGGAACUGUCUCAUCCUGGCCUUUACCCUUUUCUUAGGCACAGGGAUCCAGUACUGUUUCACACGGAACCUCCACAGCUACUCACCACACUUCUACUUUGGCUAUUUCCUGCGUGCUCUGACGGGGGCCGCGGCGUGCGGCUUCCUGUGCAUGUCUGUUGACCGUGUGGGCCGGAGAGGAAUUUUGCUGCUAGCUGCAAUCGUCACAGGCGUGUCCUCACUGCUGCUGCUGGCUCUCACACAAUACCUGCGUGGAGGACUGGUGUUGGUGCUGUCAUUCGUGGGGCUUUUCUCCUCUCAGGCUCUGGCCAUGCUCAGUGUGUUCUUCGCCAGUGAAGUCAUGCCUACUGUCGUGCGCGGUGGCACUCUGGGUCUGGUGAUGGCUGCUGGCAGCGUGGGCACAGCCGCCUCAUCACUGAUGGAGCUGCAGAACAACGGCGGCUACUUCCUGCACCAUGUGGUGUUCGCCUCGUUCGCCGUGCUCUCCGUGCUCUGCAUCAUGCUCCUGCCUGAGAGCAAGCGCAAAGCCCUGGCUGACUCUCUGAGAGACGGAGAGAGCCUGCGCCGGCCUCCGCUCUUCCUCUCCAGGAGAGAGAGAGAUGAUCUCCCACUGCUCCGCUGCCACCAUCCACCUUCUCAAUACAACCCGGAGAACUACUCGCGCCUGCUCAGCGCCACCAGGAAGAUGCUCACCCAGGACACAGUACCAUACAGGAUCACAGUGACAUCUCAGCCACCGCUGCUGCAGAGUAACGGCACUUCACAGGGUGGCCAUGAUGCCUCAUCAUAGCAGUGGGUUAGAAUUUCACACUAGUGACUUUUACGUGAAUUUUAUAUUUUAUAGUGUACUUUCUUCAGCUACUGUUUUGCUCCACUCUCCAUCUGUCCAGUAGGUGGAGCUGCUCAUGGCCAGGAUAAACUUGAGAUUUGAGAUUGGUGUGUGAAGUUACAUACUGAUACUAUUAAAGCAUUGUUACUAUUAAUGCUUUUAUUCUCUUUAAUGUAGAGAAGUCAAAGUCCAUCUUGAUCAUAUUGGUAUACAAUAAGUUGUGAGAUGGAAAAAAGGAAAAAGCAAUGCUUACUUCCUCACUCCAUUUAAAACUGUCCACAUCCACUUUUUUCAGAUGUUUGCUCUCUAACCAAAUAUCUAUCCACAAACCUGCAGGUAAGGCUGUAGUGUUGUACCCGUAUUGGGUUUCUGGAAUGUUCUCCCACAUUAAUACUGAUUCAUUUCUCUCAUAGUAUUAAGUGUCUAGUAAGCGCUUUAUCCUGGUCAGGGUCAUGGUGGAUCCUGAGCCUUUUCCAGGAACAGUAGCUGAAUAUCUGUGUUUACUGGACUGCUGUGUUUUUUGGGCAGUGAUAAAUUCCUCCACACUCUCCAUGUAGAGCCAUUCCUAUGAGCCAUCAUACUUUAUUCCUUAUAUUUUUCACUGUAGGAGACUCUUUUCCAUUUUUUACUUAGUCUGAACGUGUUUACGCUCCAGUGACGGAAGCUAAGGAUCACAUGAGAGCUGCUCCUCAUUCACUUAGCUGGUCUCAUGGCUCUCAUUAAACGUAUCUUGUGACCUCGUCCUUCUGGGACUUUAUUUAAUCUAACUGACCUCACUGAAAGGUGCUCACACUGUUUUACAAAUAACUCUGUGUUAAUGUCAUUUUAUCUAUGUUUCUGUCCUGUUGCUGUGGUCUGAUGUGCACUAAAUGAAGUGGGUUAGUGUUAGUAUUAUAAUCAGUGUAAAUCAGAUAAUGGUCACUUUGAUAAAUGUACACUGGGUAUGGUUUAUAUUAUUGCAGGGUCCCAGUGCUGCUAACAGUGGCAUCAUGGGAUAUCUGCAGUGCUUCGGUUACAGACUCCAGCUAAAUAACUGAGAAUGACUAUCUCAGAUCUAAGUGAAAUGCAAUUCUUCAUUUUAUCUUCAUUAUGCACAAACCCAUUGCCUUGAUUCUUUCUCACUUUAUUUAUUCUUUAUCCAAAAUGUGAACAGUAUGAAGAUUUUUAUGUAUCAGACUGGUUUACCAUUAAGUCAGUCUUUUUUGUUUUUUAAAUAUUUGUCAUGUAUGUAUAUAUAACUGCAAUAAAAUCCAUAUUUGUAUGCAGGUCAA